AUGUCGUAUUACGGUGGACCCCCGCAGAACCAGUACGGUGGUGCUGGCUACUAUGACCAACAGGGCCAAGGCCAUUACCCCCAGCAGGGCCAUUCUCCUCAACCCCAACAAGGCUACUAUCCCCCAGACGUGAGUGUCCUCAUACAGCGCCGGAGUAUUGCGCCACAGCCAAACCCUCACUUCCGGCAUUCGCAUCGGGUGCAUAUAUACAUUACUGACUGGUCUAAUCUGCAGGGCCAACAAGGUUACGGUCAGCCUCAGUAUGGACAAGGACCUCCGCAUGGUGACCAGAGCCAUGGCUACGGACAACCGCAACAGCAUGGUCAAUACCAACAGCAGGGCCAGUACCAGCCUGGUCCGGAAUAUGGUCAACCCCCCCAGGACCGUGGCCACUCCCCAUACCCUCCUCCACAGCAACACCAGGGAGGUGGUGAAAGCUCGUCGUACUACGGCGGAGCACCGGCACAGCACCAGCAGGGCCCGCCUGGCGCCGCAGGACCAGAGGGCGAGAGGGGACUGGGAUCGACACUGCUCGGUGGUGCUGCCGGUGGCUUCAUGGGGAACAAGCUAGGCCAUGGCAUGCUUGGUACCGCGGGAGGCGCUGUCUUAGGCGCUGUUGGCAUGAACAUGGCAACGAACAAGCUGUAA